AUGGCAGGAGAUGUUCGUUCUGAAGGUCUGUCACAGCAUCAACAGCAGAAAUUUUUGCAUCAGUCACCUGGGACUUCCUUCAGGAAAGACCAGUAUUUUCCGAAAGGGCAGAACAGAGGAGGGAGAGGGAGAGGAAGAGGAGGAUGCCAGAGUGCUUCUGAUGAAAUGCCUCGAUACAUUACAGCAUCUACUUUUGCUCAAGCUCGUGCUGCUGAGAUCAAUGCCAUGUUGAAGGCUGUGGCGCAGAAGUCUUCGAACUCACUGGUUUUUCAGACACUACCAAGGCACAUGAGGAGACGAGCGAUGAGUCACAACGUCAGGCGCCUACCCCGGCGCCUCCGAGAGAUUGCCAGAAAAGAGGCAGAGAAAACUGUGCAUCAGAAAAAAGAACAAUCCAAAGCGAAAUGCCGCAAAGCCAGAAGGCGCCACAUCAACUUGGUAGCAGAGUUUAAUCGCAGGCAAAGAAAGAAUAUAUGGCUGGAAACACAUAUUUGGCAUGCAAAGAGAUUUCACAUGAUAAAGAAAUGGGGAUACUGUUUAGCGGAUAGACCUACAGAGAAGUGCUACAGGGCUUGUUACCGAGCCAUGACAAAGCACUGUCUUCUUCAGGAUUUAUCAUAUUAUUGUUGUCUGGAGCUGAAGGGUAAAGAGAAUGAGCUUCUGAAGCAGCUUGCUCGAGUGUGCAGUCCUGACACAGGGUUAACAUUCGGAACGGACUUUUGUCUGUCUGGAAGAUUCCAGGGUUCCCUGGACCUUUACCGGGCAGAUCGUUAUCCUGAGGAUUUGCUUGGCCCUGUUACAUUUAUUUGGAAACCCAGGGAUGUGUCUGAAAACAGACAGUUAUGGAUCUGGAUGCAUCCAGCUCUCAAACAGGAUAUACUGAGUGAGUUAAAGGCGAUUUUUCAGUGUUCAGAGCCUGAAGAAAUCUGUAUUCCGGAACCAUGUGCAACAUUAAUUCAAGAGGAAAAACAAACAGAUACUGCUGUGAGCCUCGGCAAGAAAAGGAAGAAGGAAGAUAAAGAGGGAGAAAAAGAUGUGCCAGUGAAAAAAAUAAUCGGUGAUGGAACUAGAGAUCCACUGCAGCCCUACUCCUGGGCCUCGCCAGCUACUGGCGUUGUGAUCAGUGAUCAAACUAUGGAGAUUCUCAGAUACCGGCUGAUUGGCCCGUUAUCACACUCGGUCCUUGCAGAGACCCUCAAAGCUGCUGCUCUACAAACAGAGAUGGCGGAUUCAGAGACAGAACUUAAUAACUGGUGGGUAGAAAGCUGCAAGGACUCUGAAAAAGUAUCUCUUCAUCAGCGUCAAACUGCUAUUUUUGAGCUAUUAGAAGGGAUAAGUUCACCUGCAGAAAUGCUAGCAGGUACAAUACUGGGCCUGACUGUUGGAGAUCCUCGUGUCAACUUGCCAAAGAAGAAGACAAAAACCAUGCCUGACCCUGAAAAAUACAAAGAUUAUGAUAAAGUUAGAACACUGACCUUUGAAGGUAUACCUUUAGAAUGUGCUCACAGCUUUAUUUGGGACCAGGACAUCCGUAAGAACGUCACUGAAAAUAAAAUCUCAGAGCAGGAUUUAAACCGAAUGAGAAGUCAAUUACUGGUGCCUGGAUCACAGCUUGAUUUGGGUCCUUCUGAAUCUAAGAUUCCUGUCCUGUUGGUGCAGCACCCAGGGAAAAUGGCUGGAGAAGAUCGACCAGGAUGGGGGAGUGGCUGGGACAUCUAUAUCCCAAAGGGCUGGGGCAUGGCUUUCUGGAUUCCUUUGAUAUAUCGAGGUGUACGGGUCGGUGGCUUGCAGGAGGGAUUGAAACACUCUGAAUAUAAAAGGACACCUCAUACUCCAAAUGACUAUCCGGACUGUCCUGCAGGAAUCCAGUUUGCCAAAGAACUGGAAAACAGUCUUCUUGAAAAAUUCAAACGACGUCCACCUGCCAAAAGGUCAAAUUAUGUCAAGCUGGGCACGCUGUCCCCUUUCCUCUGUCCUUGGGGGCAGCUGACAAAGAACUGGGAAGAAAGAAUGAAAGCUUCAGGGGAAUUCGUAUGUCCUUCCUUUCCACACACUGAGAGCCCUUCAACUGAAGGGCAAGGCCUUUGUGACCCCAAACCAGAAGUGGUCGAAGAAGCUUCACCUGAGACUGACAAGGUGGAAGAGGCCAUGGAAAUAAGCUCUGAAGGUGCCAUAAUGACAGAGGGUGUUGCAGACACCCAAGACUUUGGUGAGAGAGAUGAAACUACGAAAAAGAGUAUCUUUAUUGUUCUCAGAAAUGAGAAAUUACUAAUGCAGUUAUCAGCCUGGUGCUAUCCCACUUCUGGAAAGGAUCGUCGAGUCCGCCUCGUUUCCAGGCUGGGGCAGGAGGAAAUGACUGAACGUGCCAUUCUGCCAAUCUUGCUGAGCUAUCCGAGGGCUCUGGUGUGGGUCAGCUUGUCUCUCUUGAGAAAGGGGAACCCUGAAUUACAUGCUAUGAUUUGCAUCCCAACAGAGGAAGAUUUGAUGCAUCUAAGCAAAGACCAGCUCUUCUGUGGUCCUCAAGAACCCAAACAUUGUGACAUAUUUAAGAACAAGAUACAGAGACUAAAAAAGCAGCAGAAGAAGAAGGCUAAUGUGAAGGAUCUAAAAAGUGACCCUCCUGGUGUUUCAGAUGAAGAAAUAACUGAGGAACGUAAAGAUCUAAUUCUUGGUUUAUGGGCAGACCCUCUCCCAGAUGUUACUUCCCACUGCUCCAGGACUCUCCUUGGAUAUGUCACUCGAGGGGAUUUUUCCCUGGCUGUGGGCUGUGGAGAAGCACUAGGUUUUGUUAGCGUGACAGGAUUACUUCAUAUGUUACACAGCCAGCCCACAGAUAAGAAGGGGCUUGUUUUGUUGAGAACUCCUGCAUCCCUACAGUACAGGUUUGCGAGACUUACUAUUGAGGUGUAAG